AUGAAGCUUGAAAUAGGAACUUGUUGGAGGUUACUCCUGGGAGGAGCAAAUCUAGCAGUGAAUACGAAGCCAGAGCCGUGUGAAAAGGUGCGCCAAAUCGGCCUUGAAGCUUUAAACACUGGACUAAAUGGCCAGAUACCCGGUUAUCUAGCCAUAGAAUGCCUUUCUUCGAUGCCCUUUGUGCCUGAGCUGGCAGUCACAUUUGUACAAGAGUACCGCAAGUAUCUUCAAUUCCACUCCACGGUUGAUUUACUUAAAAAUGGUAUAAAUGAGACACCUGGCACUCUCCCAGCUAUAGAUCUCUUUGGUGGGCUGCAAAAUAUUGAGGAGAAAGCAGCAGCAAACAAAUAUUCAAGCCAAUUUGACUUUGAUUCUGAACUUCAUGGCUUACUCGCCUCGGCGAAUGAUGGACAUCUGUUCCUUGGACUCUGUUCACUUGGCAUUUUCACAUUUAGGAACCCUGUUGCUCUCGCAUCUAUUUCCACAGACGGAUUUGAGCUCCCUAAAGUUUAUCUCUACGGGGAUGCCUACGCUGCCAGCAGCACCACGGUAUCUCCAGUACUCUCAAUUAACAACGUUAGUGUCGCUCAAUAUUUGGAGCAAUAUGUAUCAAAUCAGCCACUGCAGGAUCAAAAUGCCCAAUAUAACCUUGCUUUCCCAUCAAACUCCAGAGGAGUGACGGAGGAAGAGCAGGGCGUUUGGGAGCUACGCCACUGGCCCACAGACUCGACCGUCACUAUUGAAUUCGAGAAUGGUACCUACAUAGAGAUUGAAAGCUUCGCUGAGACCAGCCACAAUAUUUCUGACUCCAUUUGGGCUAAUGGUCGCACAUUAUUCGACUCUGUCUGUCUGCCCACCACCACCCAGCCGGCUUCUAGUGCCCCAUCAACUUCUGUCAGUGAGCCCUUGGGUCCUGCAAACGGAUAUCCGGAACAAGCAGUUGUGCGUGACGAGUGGAAUCGAAUAUCUGGGUACUUUGUACAGAAAGACGAAUUUGAUGAUAUCGCCGUCCUUGCCGUUCCCACGUUUCUGACUGGCAACACAGAUGAUCCUACUAACGAAACUGCCGUCUUUGCCCAAACUGCACGCGACUUUAUUCGCACUGCGACUGCUAAAGGAAAAUCUAAACUUUUAAUUGACAUGUCUGGCAACGGAGGCGGCAACCUCGUUGCUGGGCUCAACCUGUUUCGGAUCCUCUUUCCCGGGCAAGAGAUAUCCAACCUAACACGAUUUCGCGCCCACGACGCAAUAAGACUUAUAGGCAAGAUAUUUGCUCAAACAAGAGGAAAUAGAUCUCUGACGGAAAGUGAAUCACUUGUGAUUCGUCAAAGCGGACUUGAUUAUCAUUCGGUGGUAAAAGCAGAGCAAAGGAGUCACUUCUCCUCUUGGGACGAACUAUACGGUCCUGACGAGACUCAUGGCAUGAAUUCUUCGAGACUGUUCUCACGAUUCAACUUUACGGCGGUAUUUCCAAUCAAUAAAACAGUCAACGGUGAUCGAAUAGGGGACGCUGAUCACAGCCCUAACCCCUUUGUGGCCGAAAAUAUCGUUGUGAUUACCGAUGGCUUUUGUGCUUCUACCUGUGCUCUUUUUCUAGAACUUAUGAGACCUCUGGGCGUCCGAUCGAUCGUUUUCGGAGGUCGUCCCCAGAGCGAACCUAUGCAGGCCAUUGGCGGCGUGAGGGGAGGGCAGUAUUGGGAUCUUGAAACGAUUGACGAGAUCUCCCAGGUUGCGUCCCGACUUGCAGACAAUGUGUUAUUAACGGACUACGAGCGCCUUCUCGUAAAGACAACUCUACCCAGGCCGCUUGAUUCAUUACCGCUAGCCCUAACUAGCGGUGGAGUGAACUUUCUGAACGCGUAUAGCGAACGGGAUGACAUGACGCCUCUGCAAUUUGUCUAUGAGGCUGCCGACUGCCGUCUAUUUUAUACGUGGGAUAAUUUGGUGAGCCAGGAAAGUGUUUGGAUUUCUGCUGCGGAGGCCAUGUUCAACCACAGAGGGUGUGUUGUGGGCUCGGUCCACUAG